CCGCAAAGCAAACGAAACGCGCUCGCGUUGCUUCUGCUAAAUCAAAGUGUGUGCCGCAGCCGCUGCCUACGAGAGCUUGAUGAAAAUUUCGUCGAUCUCUGCCAAGCUCGAGACGAGGAAAAGAUGCUGAACGGCAUCAAGAAAAAGGUAUUCGAGGACAAUGCAGUGCCAGCUGAUGUGCGCAACGACGAGGAGCAAUCCGUCAAACUUCAGCAAAUACUGGAGUUGCUGACGUCGGCUGGUUACUACCGAGCCAGAAUAAAGGGUUUGGCGGAUUUUGACAAAAUCGUGGGCGGAAUGACCUGGUGCAUCGAGUCCUGCCAAUUCGACGUGGACGUCGAUCUGCUCUUUCAAGAGAACUUGAUCAUCGGGCAGAAGAUAGCGUUGACCGAGAAGAUCGUUGCCAUGCUGCCCAAAAUGAAUUGCCCGCACAGGAUAGAGCCUCAUCAGAUACAGGGCUUGGACUGUAUACACAUUUAUCCGGUGAUGCAGUGGCUGGUGAGCGAGUCCAUGAAGACCAGAAAAGAGAUGGCUCAUUACGUUCAUACUUUUGCCGUUAAUCAGUUCAAUAAAAAUAAUUAUUACUUCAACAAGUAUCUCUUUAACAAAGAUGAGCAAGAAGAGAGUAACAUUGUGAAAAAUGUUAUGUUAGCCAAAAGUUCUCUGAACUAUGACCGCAGUGCAGUUCCAAGUUCACCAGUUUAUGAAGUAAAAGAAACUGAUAAACAAUACAAGCUAGCAUUUUCUCCAGAAAAACAUAUUACAGAGUCUCCUGCUUUACAAGCUUCUAAAGUCUUAGAAAAACAAAAGGAGAUACUCCAAAAUAAGGUUGAUUCUUUAACUGAUGACAAAAAUCAAUUGCAUAAUAAAUUUUUAGAAAUAAAGGAAAAAUUAAAUGAAACUAGAAGGAGAAAAUUGUCCUUGGAAAAUAUUUUUGAAAAAAUGAAAGAGUCUGAUUCAUUUACAGAUGUUGAAUUAUUGACAAAAAUAACUGAACUUCUAAUGUUACUUGAUAAAUUAAAAAUUCAAGAAAAAGAAUUCAAAGAUCAGUGCCAUGUGGAUUUGAAUUAUUUUGAGGAAUUAGUUAAAGAAGUUCAAACUAAGAAGCCUCAAGAAGAAUUGGAUCAUGAUGUUAAAUAUGAAGAACAAAAACAAAUUAUUCAUCAGUUAAGAUUAAAGCUUGCCAAAAGAAAUAGAGCAGUAGCUAGUUUGAUAAGAAAAAUUGACGAUGUUCCUAGUAGAUCAGAACUCACUCAAUAUCAGAAGAGAUUUAUGGAAUUAUACAAUCAAGUGUCAGCUAAACAUAAAGAAACAAAACAGUACUAUACUUUAUACAAUACUUUGGAUGAUACAAAAUUGUACUACACUAAAGAACUGUCUCUCUUGAAUUCUGUACAAGACAACUAUAAUCAGGCAAUGUCAUCGAGUAGCAGCAGAGAACAAUUUAUUAAACAGUUUGAACUCAUCGUAGAAGGUGUAAGAAGAAAUAAAGAAAAAUUAGAAAAACGAAGAACAGAAGAAAUUUGCAGACGUGAUGCUUUGAGUCGUCAACUUGUUACUCUAAUGGAACAGCAAAGAAAGUAUGUUGCUGCUGUUAGACAACUUACCAUAGAAUGUCGCAAUAAUGAAUUGUUAUUAGGACGCUUGCGAGGAUCAUAAGUUUAAAUUUAUUACUUUAAUUGUACAUAUCAAUGUUGAAUAUUAAAAUUACUUUGAAAGUUAUAA